UUUGCCAUGGAGUGCCAAUAUCUGUGUCUGUGCUUAGCAGUAAUGACGAUUAUGCUUCCGGUUCCGGCGAAGACUGGGAAAAUCUUGGUUAUGGUAUUGCCGGUUUGGAGUCACAUCAAACCCAAACUCAACAUGGCCUCAUCGCUUGCAACUAUCUAUGGACACCAUUCAACUUUCAUCCUAAACGAGAAGUAUGCGAAACAAGUUAAAGAGGACAACGCUACUAAUGUAAUAGUACCUACAGCAUUCAAGACCCUCAGUGUGGAUGUCGUGGUAAAGGAUAGCUUAAAUGAUGCUUGCAAUCAAGUGGGCAUACCAUUUUUCAAAAUGAGAGCUACUGCCAACAAAUUUUGUGAUGCUUUACUCUCGGAUGAGGCUUUAUUUUUGGCUCUUAAGCAGCAGCACUUUGAUUUAGCUCUCAUAGACAAUGUAUUGAUCUCGGAGUGCCUCACAGUUCUAGCGUACAAGCUAGGAAUCCCAUAUGUGCAGUUUGGUGUUAUGCACGUACCAAUUCGGACAAGAGUACCAUUCAUGCCAUCUGUGCAUUCCGCCAUCAGCCUGCUGGGUUUCUUAAACGAAAUGUCGUUUUUUCAACGGGUGGCCAACACAUUAGUUUCAGUGAUAAUGGCCGUUUCACCUGAAAUGGUUUUCCCGACCGAUUUGGUUGCGACGUAUGUUCCUGAAAAACCGUUUGUGUCGCUAGAGGUCUUGCAUAGACGUACAGCAUUUCAUCUUGUAGACUUAGACUUUGUCAUUGACUUCCCGAGACCACUGAUGCCAAAUGUCGCGUUUGUUGGAGGAGUUGCCACAGAGAGACCCAAGUCACUUCCAUCUGAACUUAAUUCUUACAUGAACUCAGCGACUGAUGGAGUCAUUGUAGCCUCGUUUGGAAGCAUUGCCGAUAAUCUUCCUGCCUCUAGAUUGGAAACACUUAUUGGCGUAUUUAAGGAAUUCAAAAAUGUGAAAUUCGUUCUUAGGUAUGGGAACGAGACGAAAAUGGACGGCAAUGUUUUGUUGAUGUCAUGGCUGCCUCAGAAUGAUCUGCUAGCACAUCCAAACACAAAGGCUUUCGUCACCCAUUGUGGAAGUAGUAGCCUGUAUGAGGGACUCUACAACGCUGUACCGAUGAUAGGACUACCAAUCGCGGUAGACGGAUUCUACAACUGUCGCAAAAUGGCUUACAAAGGAUUUGGUAUUUCUUAUGAUUUCUGCCGUUUUGUAGACUUUGAACUAAGACAUGCUAUAAAGGAAAUCCUACAUAAUCCUAAAUAUAGCAAUAAGAUAAAAAUAGCAUCUAAUAUAUUCCACAAUCAGCAAGGAACGCCAAGUGAACGUUCAGCGUUCUGGAUUGAUCACGUGAUGCAGCAUGGGGGCGACUACCUGCAAACACCGGCAACUGAUAUGCCUUUGUAUAAAUAUUAUCUUCUGGAUGUCUUACUAUUUAUAACUUUAGUGGCAUUCUUCAUUGUCUGGAGUUGCAUGAAAUUAGGGGGGAUAUGCUGUAGACGUUGUUGCAGACCUAAGGUAAAAGCUGAUUAAACACCAACGUGUCGGUAGGUAAUCUAGGAUAAGGAUGAAGAAUAGUUCAUCUCCUGGGUGAGAUAAGUGAUCUCAACCGUCGAGAUAUGAUUCUUAAUUUGACAAACUGGAGACUUAUUAAAAUCAUUCCCCAAGGAUUGAGAUCCCACUGAUUCACACUCAAUGAAGAGAAAGGGUGUUUCUCUUACUAAAUUUUCCGAUUCAUUUGUGCGAUGUCGACGUCGCCUCAAAUCGCUUGGUGUUUGAGAUGAAAAAUCCAAUGAUGAUGUUUGUGUCUAAAUGGUAUGAUGUACACAAAAUGUAUAAAUAUAUAUGUAUAUAUAAAAAAAAACCAGAAGAAAAAAAAAAAGAAAAGAACCGAAAACGCUGCUUGUAAGUACUUCACAAGGAAACCUAAUUAAAAGAUGAAUUGUA